AUGGGCGCCAUUCUCUCAGAGCCUGUGACCGCCAUGGUCGUGGAGCAUUGUUCCUCUCCUUCAUGGUCAGCUGCUGCCGUCACGAUGCAAGGCUGGCGCCGAAGCCACGAAGAUGCGCAUCUCCUUUGCCCGGAUGAGCGUUCCGGCGGCGGGGUCUUCGCAGUGCUGGACGGUCAUGGCGGAAGCAGUGCGGCCUUUGAUGGUGCGCGGCUUCUUGAGGAGGCAUUGAAGCAAGUGACUCUCUGUGGGAAGCCCCCCGGUCAGGUCCAAAAAAUCCUGCAAGACGCGUUCAUUGACACUGAUAGCCGCUUGCGCAGCCACCUUGAAGCAGAAGACCGCAGUGGCAGUACCGUGGUCGCUUGCAUUCUGACCCCUGAGGUGUCUGGUUCCUACACCGUGCAGAUCGCACAUGCCGGGGAUUCUCGAGCAGUUCUCAGCCGCAAGCGAUGCCUGUUCUUCUCCAAGGACCACAAGCCCAACCGAGAAGACGAGACUCGCCGCAUCGAAGCGGCCGGCGGCUGCGUCUCUCAAGGGCCCUUGGGAGGUCCCAUGCGAGUGGAUGGUGCUUUGGCCGUGAGCCGGGCGCUGGGCGACUUUCAUUUCAAGCCCAAGGGGAUGGAACCCUCCAAAACGAAGGUCUCGGCCGUGCCCGAAGUGCAAACCAUCUCUGGGUGCUCAGCAGGGGAUUGGGUACUUCUAGCUUGUGAUGGCAUUUUCGAUGUUAUGGAGAAUGAAGAGGUGCGGACCUUUGUGGAAGAGCAUCCGUCCAAAUUGGAUGGGCCUCAUGGGCUAGAUGCGGGACAGGUCUGCAUUGAUCUCCUAAAGCUUUGCUUGGACAAGGGGAGUAAGGACAAUUGCACCGCUUGCUUCAUCCACUUUGGUGAAGGCCCAGUGAGGAGCAAAAGUUCCGAGCUUUUGCAGGGAGGAUGGAGGGGGGCCUCCCCUGAGGUGCAAGGCAAAUAUGCCGAAUUCUUCCGAGACCAUGGCUUUGAGGCGCAAGCCAGUGAGAUGAAUCCGGGGCGUCGGCUGUCGUGCUCCAAGUCCAAAGGUAAUCCAUCUUCGCCCGAUCGUCCGGAGGGCGGUCGAAACAGUUUGUCAAGUCUCACCCGUGUCUUCCAGGCUGUUCGUUCCACCCGAGCCAUUCAAUCCGCUUGGAGAGCCCGGAAAUCUUCGGAUGCCGCACCAGCAUCCAGCACAGAGUAG